AUGGAGGACCCUCUGUCAUUCACAGAUGUGGCCAUUGAUUUCUCUGCAGAUGAGUGUGAAUGUCUGGACUCUGCUCAGUGGAAUUUGUAUAAGGAAGUGAUGUUGGAGAAUUACAGCAACCUUGUGUUCCUGGGUCUUGCUUUCUCUAAGCCGUACCUGGUCACAUUUCUGGAGAAAACUUCAGAUCCAUGGAGCAUGAAGAGGAAAGCAUCAGCGGCCAUCCAUCUAGGAUCAAAAGCUCAUAAAUGUAAAGAAUGUGGGAAAUCCUUUGAUAGGAACUCAGUCCUUAUUCAACAUCAAAGAAUUCAUACUGGAGAAAGACCCUACAAGUGUGAAGAAUGUGGCAUGGCCUUUACCGGUCGCUGCAUUCUUUCUAAGCACCAGCGAAUCCAUACUGGAGAGAAACCCUACAAAUGUAAAGAAUGUGGCAAAGCUUUCAGCUGUUCUUCCAACCUUCACCAACACCAACAAAUUCAUAGGGGAGAGAAGCCCUAUAAAUGUGAUGACUGUGGGAAGGCCUUUAGCUGUUCUUCAUAUCUGUAUAAACAUCAACGAAUCCAUACUGGCAUGAAACCCUACAAAUGUAAGGAAUGUGGCAAGGCCUUUAACUGUUCUGCAAACCUUAUUUACCACCAGAGAAUUCAUACUGGAGAGAAACCAUAUAAAUGUGGUGAAUGUGGGAAAGCCUUUACCAUUUAUUCAACAUUUAUGAAUCACCAGCGAACACAUAGUGGAGAAAAACCCUAUGAAUGCAAAGACUGUGGGAAAGCCUUUACUAAUUGUUAUAAUCUAAUUCAACACCAAAGAAUUCAUACUGGAGAGAAACCCUAUGCAUGUGAAGAAUGUGGCAAAUCUUUUAACUAUUCUUCCCAUCUUAAACAACACAAAAGAAUCCAUACUGGAGAGAAACCAUAUAAAUGUGAAGUGUGUGGCAAAGCUUUUAACUGUUCCGAUUAUCUUGUUAAGCAUCAAAGAAUUCAUACUGGAGAGAAACCCUACAAAUGUGAAGUUUGUGGCAAAGCUUUUAGCUUUUCUACAUAUCUGCAUAAACAUCAAAGAAUCCAUACUGGAGAGAAACGCUACAGAUGUGAAGAAUGUGGUAAAGCUUUUACUAACUAUUCGGGGCUUAUUGUUCACCGAAGAGUUCAUACUGGAGAGAAACCCUACAAAUGUGAAGAAUGUGGCAAGGCCUUUAGUGUUCACACAUCACUGUCUAAACAUCAGAGAAUUCAUACUAGAGAGCAACCUUACAAAUGUGAUGAAUGUGGAAAGACCUUUAAUGUUCACUCAAUGUUCUCUAAACAUCAGAUAAUGCAUACUAGAGAGAAACCCUACAAAUGCAAACACUGUGACAAGACCUUCAAAUAUCCUUCACCCCUUGUUCAACAUGAAAGAAUUCACACUGGAGAGAGACCCUACAAAUGUGAAGUAUGUGGCAAGGCCUUUACUUCUUCUUCAAAUCUUAAAUAUCAUUGGAGACUUCAUACUGGUGAGAAGCCCUAUAAAUGUGAACAAUGUGGUAAAGCCUUUAAAAAUAGUUCAAAUGUCACUAGACACUACAAAAUUCAUACUCGAGAAAAUCCAGAUUAAUGCAAACACUUUUGUAAAGCCUUCCACAAUUGUUCAUUGACAGUUCAGCACUAAAGAAUUCAUAAAAAAAAAAACCUUAGAAAUGAAAGGAAUAAGGGAAGACCUUUAAUCAUAGUUCAACCCAUAUUCAAUAUCUACCAUUACAUACUGGAGAGAUCUUGUAAUGGUGAAGGAGAUGGCCGUAUUGAGCAUUCAAUACUUAUGGAGCAUCAAAAUUUUUAGAGAAACUCUACAAAUGCAGGUAAUACAGGAACUGCUCAUUAAUCAUGAGUGAUUUAUAACCAGAUGUUAUACAUGUAAAAUGACUUUGGAAGGAACACUGACAAAUAUAUAAAACUGAGCAAACCAAACUGGUUCAGUAAAAAACACUUUGCUGAAGUUCACUUUGUAAACAGUGUUGCAACACUUUGCUCAUCAUGUAAAUAUGAAGAGAUUGGAGAGAAUUAUCUAUCAUAAGAGAGAAAUUCCAGGAGCUGUAUAGCACUUAGCAAACCACCAAAUGCUGCUUUUAAUUCCUAAAGAAUUACUACAGAACUCUGAACUCACUAAGAAAUGGUGUGAUAUAAAAACUCUAUUAUAGACUUUGGAAUCAUGCAGAUAAGUUUGUGAGGACAUCAGUGUGUUAUAAAUUGAAAUUAUAACAUAAGCUUAAUUUUGAAACGUGAUAAGAUCACUCAGUGAUUUUAUCAGAAGAACAGCACUGAGUCCUGAGGUUUCAGAGUUUGUUUUUUCCCGCAAAGACCAUAGAUACAUUCUUGGAAUAUGAAGUUUAGUAACUUCUGUAA